AUGCGAUCAAUUCAGGUCCAGACAACGCUGCGGCCCUUUCUGAAGGGUGCAGGCGUAGCUACCAGCAGGAGGACUUUUGCAUCGUCGCGACCCUGGAAGGCCAGCAAUCAGAUCUACAACACUGUCCGCCGCCCCGAAGACCUACACACGUACCUCCUGCUCUCGUCCUCGAGCCGCACGCCGCUCAUCACGCUGUGGACGACCAACUGGUGCUCGACCUGCCGCGUCGUCGCCCCGCUGCUGAAGGAUGUCAUCGAGUCGGGCACCGGCGAGGCCGAGGGCGGCGUCGGCUACUGCACCGUCGAGUUCGACUCCCCGGACAUCAUGGCCGACGGCCUCGGCAUGACCUACAUGAUCACCUCGAUCCCGACGCUGCUGAGCUUUGACGCGCAGGAGGCACAGGUCGAGACCAAGGUCAUGGACGCACGCAAGCUCGCCGACCGCCGGUUCCUGGAGGAGUGGGUGCGCAACGAGGCAAAGAGACACGGCGGACGCGGAGGCGGUGGCGGCGGGAAAGGUCUCUUCGGCGGCUUGUUUGGAAGCUUCAAAUGA